AUGGCAGCACCAACACCCGUCUCGGCGCUCCCUCCACGUGCCUCUUCGGUGCCAGACCGCGUUCUCUCCCCCACACGCAAGGAGACGCCCGAGGCGCGGCGCGCACGCCGCGAGCAGCUGCGCGACUUUUACGGCCUCAAGAACGCCAACACAGCCGGCGGCCCAUCGUCGACUCCGGGCUCCCCCGAGCCCGCGAGCUCGGGGCUGGGCGGGAUGGCGUCCCCGGCGCUCAGCGUGGACGCCGUCAUGGCCGCGCAUGCGGCGAGCACGACGCCGAGCCCGACACCGGGCAAGAAGAGCCGGCGGGGCACGCCCGGCGGUGCCGCUGCGGCAAGGGACCUGAGCAGUCCGCACUUUGUGCCCGCCGAGUACUAUGAGGAUGUUAUCGGCAAGGCGAGCCUGGCCGAGCUACUCCAGACCACAUCGACGCUUGCGACGGACGUUGGCCGCCUCCAGUCGUCCCGGCACACGCUCGUGUACAACCACCACCACCAGCUCUUCUCUGCCGGCGAUACCAUCGCGGCCUUGAACACGCGCACGCCGCAGCUCCUCUCCAUCGUCACCUCGUUGCAGGAGCGGUUUAGCGACAUGUCCCAGCUGGCCGACAGCGUUGCCCUGCCCGAACUACCCGAGUCGGCCAAGGACGGCAAUAACAGCGAGCAGCGCGCAGGCGCGACCGCGGCCCAGGGCCUCGAGCGCGUGCGGCUCAUGGUGCUCGCUGAAGAGCCCGUGGAGAAGGUGCAAGAGGUGUGGAAGGCGGUGGAGAAGCGGUUGGAAGGCGCGCAGGUCGAGGGUGUUGCAGACGUCAUUCGCGAAGGACGCGAGUUGGCGGGUUUGUAG